AUGGUACAAGUUCACGUAACUGAGGGCAUAUUGGAGGGUGAAGAGGUUCAGAAUGAGUACGGAGGGACUUUCUACAGCUUCAAAGGUGUCCCGUAUGCUCAACCGCCGGUUGGAGAUCUUAGGUUUAAGGCACCGCAACCACUACAACCGUGGACCGGUGUCAGGGAUGCCACCGAAUUCGGCCCAAUAUCCUACCAGUUUAACUUAUGGGAUCCUAACCAUCAACCACCAAAUAUGGGCGAAGACUGUCUAUAUCUGAACGUUUACACACCACAAAUAAAACCAAGUAGUCUACUCCCAGUCAUGUUCUACAUACACGGGGGCGGAUAUCUAGCAGGGAGUGAGCCUUACGAAGUUGAGAAUCUUGUUAGCCACGGGGACGAUUUGACAUAUCUGUUUCCUCUCAAGAAAUAUCUAGGAAAAGUUGACAUGUCAUCUGAGACAUUUAAAGCGAUCAAUAGAACUUGCACGCUGUGGACAAACUUUGCAAAAUACGGGAAUCCUACUCCAACUUUUGAUGAAAACCUCGGAGUGGAAUGGAAGCCUUACACCUUGGAGAACCAAGAGUACCUGGAUCUUGGCAACACGUUGAUGAUGGACUCCGCACCUGAUAAGGAAGAAAUUGAACUUUGGGAGAGCGUCUUUAAACAAUAUUUACCGAAAUAUAGUAUUUAA